UUAAAAAUAGUUUCUAAUGAUGGCAUUUACUGUAGUGAAAAAUAUUUGCUCAAAUAAAAAGUAUUCCAAUUAUGCUUGGAAAUUUUUCAAGCCUUUUCUAUACCUGGGUGGAAACAAACAAGCAUUUUCUUCUGCUCUAUAUGUACCAGGUAACAAAGCUAACAAAACAUUUGCAUUAGUGUCCCCUGUUUUGGACUAUGAUAAUAGAUUUGAUGAUGUGCAAAAACUCCAAGAAGAAUUUAACAAGAGAAACAUCAAUAUAAAUGCAGCUGAAUUAAAAAAGUCAUGGGAAUACUUUCAAUAUAUUUCUAAAAAGAAAGAAAGCAUCGAAAGUAAAAGAGAUGAACUAGCACAAGAUCUUAAGGCAUUGUAUGCUUUAGAAAAAUGCAGCAGUAUUCAGAACAAAAUUGAUGCUGGAAAAAUAAAACUUGAUCUUAUGAGAGAAGAUUUAAAGGUCAUUAAAGAAGUUAUUUGGAGUUUAGAAGAAUCACUUAUUCCGAACAUUUUAAAAAUCCCUAAUGUGAUUGAUGCCAAAACACCAACAGAUUCCACUGUUCUUCGCACUGUGGGGCACAAACCUGAAGUACCAAAAACUCUAAGGCAAAAUCACUUGAUUAUUGGUGAUUGCUUGAAUUUGAUUGAUUAUAAAAGUCCAACUCAAUACUAUUUAAAGAACGAGGCAGCAUUAUUUGAACUAGCAGUUAUUUCAGCUGCAGGCAAAAUAAUGAACGAAGCUAAUACUAUUAGAAUAUCUGGGCCAGAUUUUUGUCGAAGUGUUGUAGUGGAAGGAUGUGGUAUAGAUCAUCAAAGCUUCUUGAAAACUUUUAUUUUAGAAGACAGUAAUGAUAUUAAACAAGAAGAACUCAUCAAUCGUUUACAUCUUGUUGGAGCUGGAAGUCUUCCAGCACUUCUAGCUUUUCAUAUUAAACAUAUUGUGAAAGCCAAAGAUCUACCAUUGCGAUUAUUUUCUACAGGUAGGAGUUAUACUCCAUACUCAGAUAGUUCAAUUGACAGCGGUUUAUUCUCAACCUGUCAAUCAACAUCCCUUCAAGCAGUGACAUUUGUGAAUUUAAACGAUAAAUCCUAUGAUGAUGAAUUUGAAAAUUUAGUAAAUUUAGGGGCAAGCAUCUACAAUCAAUUAGGUUGUCAUUAUCGGAUUGUCUUCAAAUCAGCUAAGGAGCUGGAGAGAGCAGAGACCAAAAAAGUAACAUUUGAAAUGUGGUCUGUUAAUUCUAGCAAGUAUAUUGAAGUUGGAAAUGUUUCUGCUUAUGGUGAUUACUUAAAUAAACGACUAAUCAUUGGUUAUCAAGGAAAAAAAGGUAAUUGCUUGUCAGCAGUUAUUUCAGGUACUUUAUUAUCAGUACCAAAAGUACUGGGAUGUUUGAUUGAAGAAAAUCCAAAAAAAUUUAUAAUGCCUAAAAAAUUAAUAACAAAUCAUGAAAGUGAGUGUACAUAAAUAAAUCUUUGUUAA